CAAAUAACGGAGAGUCCCAAAAAAAAAAAAAAAAAUCUCUCUCUGUCCCUCUGUUUCUCCGGUCGACAUGUCCGUAGUUCCGACGUAUCCUACUCUCAGGUACCUGAGAACCAGGACCGCACGUGACCCGUCACGUGACUCCCCAACCUUUACUUCUUCGCUCAAAGUUUCAAUCUUGGGAUUCAGGGCGCCAAGUUCGCUGGUCAUUUCCCGUAAAUUCGAUGAAAUCCGGGGGCCGAUGAUAAGGGCUUUGAGCCCAGAAGGGUCGUUGCGAGAGCUCGAUGAUUCGCCGGUCUCCGUGGAGCUCGCGCGCAUUUGCAGCGAGGCCCAGUUCGAUCGGGUCGUCGCCGAGGCCCAACAGCUCCAGCAAUCGUUCGUCGUCGUUUGGAUGGCAAGCUGGUGCAGGAAGUGCAUAUAUUUGAAACCAAAGUUGGAGAAGUUGGCAGCCGAGUACUAUCCAAGAUUGCUGUUCUACAGUGUUGAUGUCAAUUCAGUUCCACACAAGCUUGUUGCUCGCGCUGAAGUCACUAAAAUGCCUACUAUACAGCUCUGGAAAGAUGGCAAGAAACAAGCUGAGGUAAUCGGUGGUCAUGGCAAAGCAUAUUUAGUGAUUAAUGAAGUUCGUGCAAUGAUUGAAACAGACGAUAGCAAAUAAGGUCUAGUAUCAUGGGCAAUCUCAAAUACACAUUUCAUUUCCUUCAGUAUCAGGGAAAUCUCAAAUACACGUUUCUUUUCCUUCUACACACAUGAAAAUCAAAUUUGUAAAUUUUUCCAGAAAUUUACCAGUUUAGGGAAGCUCUCACAUAGGGUUUUGUCAAGUUCCUGCUUUCUGCAGUUUGCUAUAAGAAGUCUCCCUGGCUUAGCUAGAUAUGAAAUCCCUAUUAGAUGCAUAACCAUGAUUUUAUCCUUA